UAUUAGAGAGAGAGACGCCUCUCUUUCGCUCGCCCUUUCUGUCGCGCGCGUUAGGGUUUCGGCGAGGUCGACGACGGCUUCCAUGGCGCAGGAAAGCAACCGAUCGAAGGGCAUGGUGAAGUGGUUCAACGACGUCAAGGGGUUCGGAUUCAUCACCCCGGACGACGGCGGGGAGGAUCUCUUCGUCCACCAGUCCUCCAUCAAGUCCGAUGGCUUCCGCACCCUUGUGGAGGGCGAGGCUGUUGAGUUCUCGAUCUCCGAGAGCGAGGACGGACGCACUAAGGCCGUUGAUGUCACUGGACCCGACGGAUCUAACGUCCAGGGCGGCGGGAACGGGGGCGGACGCAGGGACGGGUUCGGCGGCGGCCGCGGUGGUGGAUCGCGCGGAGGAGGUGGGGGGUACGGUGGUGGAGGGUACGGUUUCAACGGUGGGAGUAGGAGUGGCGGUGGGAGGGGUAGGGGCGGUGGUGGAUAUGGUGGGGGCGGUGGUGGAUACGGUGGAGGUGGGGGUGGAUAUGGUGGCGGCGGUGGUGGCGCAUGCUACACCUGCGGCGAAUCUGGUCAUAUAGCUAGAGAUUGCUACCAAGGAGGCGGUGGCGGUGGUGGCGGUGGCGGCGGCGGCGGCGGCGGCGGUGGCGGGGCUUGCUACAACUGUGGCGAAACUGGCCAUCUGGCGAGGGACUGUUACCAGGGCAGCGGAGGAGGAGGAGGUGCAGGUGGCGGUGGCGGUGGAAGGUACUCCGGCGGAGGCAGCGGGGGUGAUCGAUCCUGCUACAACUGCGGUGAAAUGGGGCACUUCGCUCGGGAAUGUCCCGGCAAGAAUUGAGUGGUGAUCUCUUUCUUGCUUCGUCUCCUUAGCAUUUUGCUUAUCUGCUAUAAUGGUUCCAUAGGCUUCAUGCUGGGUUACUUUUUUUUGUGCUGUGGGAUGUUUGCCCCUUCUCUAUGUUUGGUCUUUUCGCUGGUCUUGAUGGAUUGUGUCUUAUUUUGGGUUCUGCAAACAAAGUUUGGAUGAUGUAUAGACUGCUGCUAGUCUUCAUCUUUUUUUCUUAAGAUAUAUACAUUAUGCUGCCGUAUAUUGUUUGUUCUA